AGGCACUGCCAGGCCUGCGCGCGGGGUAGGGCGGCCGCUGCAGCAGCAGCACAGGGACGGGAGCCCGGAGGCGGAGCUGCGCGGGGAGCGGGACGCGGGGGCUGGGAAGUUCCAGCGCGGCGGUGAGGGGGCCCGGCCGGCCAUGGAUCCGCGGAAGGUGAGCGAGCUGAGGGCCUUCGUGAAGCUCUGCAAGGAGAACCCGGGCCUGCUGCACAGCGAGGAGCUGCGCUUCCUGCGCGAGUGGGUGGAGAGCAUGGGAGGUACGAUACCACCUGCUCCGGAUAAUGCCUCUGCAGAAACAAUGAAGGAUAAAACAGACAAGCAGCCAGAGGAGCCAGUUAAGCCACCAGAGCCUGAGAGUGAGGAGAGUGACUUGGAAAUUGACAAUGAGGGAGUGAUUGAACCAGACAAGGAUGAUCCCCAAGAAAUGGGAGAUGAAAAUGUGGAGGUAACUGAAGAGAUGAUGGACGAGGCCAAUGAGAAGAAGAUGGAGGGCAUUCAUGCCCUAGGUGAAGGUGAACUUCAGAAAGCCAUUAACUUGUUCACUGAAGCAAUCAAGUUGAAUCCUCACUUAGCCAUCUUGUAUGCUAAGCGAGCCAGUGUCUUUGUGAAACUACAGAAGCCAAAUGCUGCCAUUAGAGACUGUGACAGAGCCAUUCAAAUAAACCCAGAUUCAGCACAGACCUACAAGUGGCGAGGGAAAGCUCACAGACUCCUGGGUCACUGGGAGGAGGCGGCACAUGACCUUGCAUUGGCAUGUAAACUGGAUUAUGAUGAAGAGGCUAGUGCCAUGCUGAAGGAGGUGCAGCCAAGAGCUCAGAAGAUUGCUGAACAUCGCAGGAAGUAUGAGCGAAAGCGUGAAGAAAAAGAAAUCAAGGAAAGGCUGGAGAGAGUAAAGAAGGCCCGAGAGGAACAUGAGAAAGCACAGAGGGAGGAAGAAGCCCGGCAACAGGCAGGAGGAGCUCCGUUUGGUGGCUUUCCAGGUGGGUUUCCUGGAGGUAUGCCUGGAGGUAUGCCAGGCAUGGCAGGGAUGCCUGGUCUCAAUGAAAUUCUCAGUGACCCAGAGGUUCUUGCAGCCAUGCAGGAUCCGGAAGUUAUGGUCGCAUUCCAAGAUGUUGCCCAGAACCCAGCAAACAUGUCCAAGUACCAGAACAACCCCAAGGUCAUGAACCUCAUCAGCAAACUGUCAGCCAAAUUUGGAAGUCAACCAUAAAUUCCCUUUUAAUAAAAUCAUAAGUGUAUGGGAAAAAAGAAUUGAUUACUUAACAAAUGCAGGUGUUGCAAUAACACAAACCAUUGUACCUCUAAUCUUCUCAUGAAGAGAACUGGGGUGCUCUAAAGAGAGUCCGCCUCAUGCAUCAAACUUUUUGCAAAGAUUGGUUUAGUUACUCAAAUUAUACUUGGUAACAUACACUUUCAAUCCUCCCUCUCUACCCCAGAGUUGCAACCAUUUGUUACAAGUAUUAAAUGCUGUCUCCUUUGAAUUAAGACUUCUAAUAGAUUGUAAGCUUUCAAUAGGUAGUCUGAUUUAACAAAAAGCAGUUUUAAAUCAAACUGUCAUCCUGGCUUUCACUUCCCCAGCAAAUAAAGAAGCAGGAAUUGUAACACCAGGGUCCUGUAUUAUCCAUCUGGGACAGGAAAAUUGGUCUAAUUGUAGAAAAGGGUAUAGUGGGGACAAUUAUUUUAAAGUAUUAACUGGAUGAAGGAGGUGUCUGCAGGUACUGUUACACACCCUUUUAUUUGCUUUACAUUUUGAUGUGUGGCUGACUUUAGAUGGUGGUUAGAGCAAAACCAAUAAGGGUCACCAAUAUUCUAACUACUUAUACACUGGAACUUCUGGCAGUACUGCCAACAAUGUUUAAAACUUAGGAUUGCCCCCUGCUCUGUGGCUAUCCUUUGCUCAUUCUGGCAUGAAACACAUUUUAUUGCAAAUACCACUGAGGUUAGGUAGAUUACUUGCUAUAUUCUUGCCCAACAUAUUUAUGUAAUACUGUUGUAUUAUCUCUGUCCAGGUGGAUAAGGGAGAGCACCCUAUUGUCUGUAGCAGUGCACUCCUUUCCUUCCCUGAUUGGCAGGUCUUUAACUAGUUGUACUCUUUCUGAUGAGGCAACUCUUGCCAGGCUUCAACCAUUUGAAAAUUAAAAGGAAGGAAACUUAUCCCUACCACCACCUCUGUCCCUUUAAGUGAGCAAGCUAUCCUGAACAUGGGGUGUAAAAUGCUAUUAUUAUUAGUUAAAGGCAGAAUAAACCCCACAAUAGAGCAACUCUGGGUUCUGAGGGAGUCUGAGUCCUAAUAUGCUUAUAGAUUAAAUCUCUUGGCCAAAGUCUUCAACUUUUGUCUCUGUCCUCUUGUCAGAGCAGUCGAGUCCUUUCCUACUAUUGUACACCCCAGUCUUCCAUCUUUAACUUUCUUUUUUAAUAUGAUGCUGUCCCAGUGGUCAACACUUCAGUUCAAUUCAGGGUUCUUGGGGUUUGGGAUAAAUAUGAGAAGGUGGAUUAGUUGGCACAGAUGACGCAUACUUUUUAACACUUUGUGAAUUUACAACAUGGGUAUCCUUGGAACAGUGUGUCUUUGCUGGUAUGUUCUUGCUGCUUCCAUUUGUUUGUCUUUACUAAACUUUGCCUCCUGCUCAUGUUGGAAAGUUUAUCAUAACUAGCUUUUGGUCACGUUUGGGUCUUCUGAAAGCUUUUCUGUUCAGUGAUCUUGUAAUUCUGUGUCUUAAGCCAUAAUGGAUGUCACUGUUUUUAAUUAAAUCUGGACUUGUUUAGGAACUCAACAACAGAUGCAAAAAUCACACACACCAAAUGCUUUAUUUCUCAUACUAAUAACCCUGCAAAAUGGAAAGAGAUGUGAAUUCUUUUUUGCUUAAGAAAUAUAGUUCUGAAAUACUUCUAGUUGCCUUUAAAAAAAAAUAAUAAAGUAUGGUUUUGAAAAA